AGCUAGCUCUAGCUCAGCAGAUUGAACAUCGUCAAUAUAUAGUCUGAGGUUUUGUCAAGUCCUUUGCUGAACUGUCAUUUUUUUGUUUACUGAUUUGUUGUCUAUAGAUCAAUUCAGAAGUAAGUUUGCCUAUAUAUAGUGUAAGCGCACACAUAGAUAUACUAGGGAAUUUACGAGCUAGCUCUAGCUCCGCAGAUUGAACAUGGCAGCUUUAGUUUCCCCGAUUAUUUCUACUCUGCAACUUCUUAACCAGCCAAAGCCGUCUCCUGAAGAAGGGCAUAAUAAUAAUAAUAAUGAUGAGAGCGUUGUGAAUGUGAAGCAUGGUUCUUUGUACGAAAGUUUGAAGUCUGGUGAUUGGAAUGCUGCAAAGGAGUAUAUUGAUCGACACCCCGAGUCACUAACACAUAGAGGUUCAUCAAACGGUGGGACAGCUCUUCACGAGGCAAUCCAGUGGAAGCAGUUACACAUUGUGGAAGAGUUGUUGAAGCUGAUGACAGUAGAGGACUUGGAAAUUGAAGAUGGCUAUGGUUUCACAGCUUUUUUCUGUGCUUUGAUAAGAGGAAUGGCCCCAAUAAUUGCCAGCAUGGUUAAAAAGAACGAGAAUUUAGUUACCAUGCGUUUAACGACCGACUUAGGCAGUAUGACUCCAGUUUUAUACGCUUGUGUUUUGGGCAGCUGGAAAGUAGCUCGCUUUCUCUAUUCUCGCACUCCAAUCCAUGUUUUGACUCAAGACAAUAAUGGCCGCGAAGGCGCUGAACUUAUUUCCCAGUGCUUUUUCCACAGAAAUAAAUUUGAUAUUGGAUGGGAUUUACUUCAGCAUUGCCCAAAAUUGGCCCUUACUGAAAAUUACUUCGGGCACUCCCCUCUAAAUACACUGGUUGAUUUGCGUUCCGCAUUUCCAAGUACAGUUCCUCUCAGAUUUUGGCAACGCUGGAUCUAUAACAAUAUACAAGUACAACAACCUCAACCUGCUCCUAUCAACUCUAAUGUUCGUGUAAAUUUUGAAGAACUAGAAGAUGACAAAAGAAAUCGAAGGGAUCUCAUUCCCUCAGUUACGGGUUUCUUCCAAGGAGUUGUUAAGAAUCUUCUCAAACUGUUAGGAAUCCAUGACUUGCAUGAAAUGAGAUUGGGCCAUGACCGAAAUCUUCAAAUUCUACGUCUCGUGUGUGACGUGGUAAAAAGUACAAAUCUUGACUGGAAGAAAACUGCCUUCGUGAAAAAGGCAAUCCUCCGAGCAGUAGAAGGAGGACAAGUGGAGUUUAUCAAGGAGAUGUGUAAGGCGAAACCAAGAUUACUACUAACGCCGAUGGAUGAAACAGGCAGAUCAAUAUUUCAUUAUGCCGUUGAAUGUCGGCAAGAAAAAGUUUAUAAUCUUAUAUAUGGGAUCAGCGAAUAUGAUAGGAAUGCUAUCUUAGUGUGUGCAGAUAGGUCUAACAAUACUAUCCUACAUGCAGCAGGGAGUUUAUCUGCACAUCUUAAUCAUAUUCAAGGUGCAGCUUUGCAAAUGCAAAGAGAGCUACAAUGGUUCAAGGAGGUAGAGAGUAUUGUACCCUCGCCGGCCUUAGAAGUUAUAAAUGUUAAUGAGAAAAUGACAGCACGAGAAGUAUUCACCAAGAACCACAAAGAAUUGGUGAAGGAAGGAGAAGAGUCGAUGAAAGGGACAGCAACUUCUUGCACAUUUGUAGGUGCCCUCAUUCUUACCAUUAUGUUUGCUGCUGCAUUUAUAGUUCCUGGUGGAAGCAAUCAAGAUACAGGUUUUCCCAUCUUCUUAAGAAAGAAGUUAUUUAGGGUUUUUAUAAUUUCAGAUUCUAUAUCACUCUUUUCUUCGACGACAUCAGUGAUGAUAUUCUUGGGAAUUCUCACAUCACGUUAUGCAGAAAAUGAUUUCCUCUGGUCUUUGCCCACGAAAAUGAUAUUAGGCCUUUUCACCCUUUUUUUAUCUAUCGCCACUAUGAUGGUUGCUUUUUUUUCAACUAUUCUUAUUAUGCUUGAGGGAGAAUCAUGGGUAUUUAUUCCAAUCAUUUUGCUUGCUAGCGUUCCAACAAGCUCGUUUGUGUGGAUGCAAUUCCCCCUGUUUCUUGACAUUUUUAUGUUUACCUAUGGAAGAGCAAUAUUUGACAAGAAAUGCGGAGCUUGGGAAUAAAAUCAUGAUUAUGCGGUGUGAUGUUUGUCUUAUGAUGUCAUAUGAUGUUUGUCUUUGGCUUUGUCACUUUUUAUGAAACAUGUAAAGAAAACACAAUGUACUUGUGUGGUUCUAUAU